AUGUCCGGCUUCCAGAUCCCCGGCCUGGGGUUCGCGAAACCGAACGAGACGCUCCCGCCGCUGCCCCCCGACGUGCUCGCCGCGGCCGCGAGCUUCGAGGGCGUGCAGACCGCCGACGACGUCAAGGUCAAGCAGGAGGGUGAGGUGAAGAACGAGGAUGUCAAGAUGGAGGACGGCGAGGUCGUCGAGACCGCCGAGGUCAAGACUGAAGAUGCCGCCGUGAAGAACGAGGACGUCAAGAUGGAAGAGUCUGCGCAUCCCUCUACCAGUGAACCGCAACUGCCGCCCCUGCCCGAGCCCACGAAUUCAGAAGCUAUGAAAAUCGACGCGGCCGAGCCACCUUCCCUUACCGACGCUCUGGAGGCUAUGAUUAACGGCCUCGAGCCCGCCGCGACUACGACUACCGCUACCGCUACAACCACCACCACCGACCAACCUGCCGCCGCCGCCGCCGCCGAAGAGCAACCCGCCGCCGAAGGCGAGCACCCCGAAUGGGAAAUCGACUCCUCCCCCUGCGAAUCCUCUUCCGAAUCCUCCUCGUCCUCCGACGACUCCUCAGACGACGACUCCGAGUCGGGCGAGGGCUACCAGCUCCUAGGCGUCGAGGAGACGGCGCGCAUGCUGAUGGAGAUGGAGGGCGGCUCCGACGACGAGGGGGGCGACGGCGCCGCCAAGGCGGGCGGCUCGGGCCAGCUGCGCACCAAGAACGAGGUCGCGGCCGAGGCGAUCCCCAAGCCCGACAUCACGCUGACGCCCGAGGACAAGAUCGAGGCGCUGGGCGCCGUGGACCAGAUCGUGGAGAACAUCAUGGUCGUCAAGGCCUUCACGCCGGGCGAGUACCAGGUCCUCGACACGGGGUCGGCGCUGUGCACGGCGGAGAGGGUCGUGUUCGGGGCCGUCUGGGAGACGAUCGGCAAGGUCCUGCAGCCCAUGUACACCGUCCUGUUCAACACGGCCGAGGAGAUCGGGGAGGCCGGGCUCGAGGUCGGAUCCAAGGUGUACUACCCGCCGGCGCACGCGACGUUCGUGUUCACGGAGCCGCUGAAGAACCUGAAGGGGUCCGACGCGAGCAACAUCCACGACGAGGAGGUGGCCGAGGACGAGAUGGAGUUCUCGGACGACGAGAAGGAGGCGGAGCACAAGAGGCAGGCGAAGCAGAAGAAGAAGGAGGCGCGGUUCAAGAACGGCGGCGAGAGGCCCGCGAGAGGGGGCCGGGAGCCGCACCCGUUGAGGAACGAGAUCAGCGCCGCGGGACCGAGCGACGGCGGGCUGAACUACGACGACGAGGACGACGGGCCGUACAAGCCGCUUGCGAGACCUCCCGGGUUCGGCCAGGUCCCGCCUGCGCAGCAGAGUUUCAGCCAGGAGCCCGAGCCGGGAAGGUUUGCCGGGCGCAGAGGACGGGGCGAUUUCAGGGGACGCGGCGAUCGAGGCAGAGGAGGUCGUGGUCGCGGACGCGGUGGAUUCGGGCAGCGCGAGGGCAGGGAUGGAUAUUCCAUGCCGCAGCAGCAACGACAACAGCAGCCCCAGGGACAAUGGGGUGGUAACAACAACAACUACUACCAGGCGCCGCAGUACGGCCAGCAGCAACAGCAGCAGCAGCAGCAGCAACAGUCCGCGCCGGCCCCCGCUGCGCCAACCUUCAACUUCCCGUUCCCCGGCAUGCCUCCGCAGCCUGGCGCGCAAGGAUUCCCUGCCGUGCCGCCUCCUCCGCCGCCUGGUUGGCCGGCGCAGGGCGGGCAGACGGGGCAGAACGCGGCGGGAGCCUAUAUCAACCCGGCCUUCUUCGCGGCGUUGCUGGGACAGAUGCAGCAGAACCAGGGACCAGCCGGUCAGCAGUCGCAACAGCAACAAGGCCAGUCACAACAGCCACCGCAGCCACCGCAUCAAUGGGGCGCGCAGCCUCCUCCGCAAUAA